CAUCAUCAUCAAACCCACCUUUCAUAUCGUUCUUAUUUCUGGAGCUAAACAUUCAUAUUUGCACAACCCUCUUACUUACUCAUUUUGUCUUUUGAAGAUGAUGGAAGUAGUGGAAGAUAUUGUGAUUGUGGGAGCUGGGAUUUCAGGCCUCACUACAUCUUUAGGACUUCACAGGAUGGGAAUCAAAAGCUUAAUAUUGGAAUCAUCAGACAGUUUGAGGGCUGCAGGAUUUGCUUUGUUGACAUGGACUAAUGCUUGGAAGGCUUUGGAUGCUGUUGGCGUUGCUGAUUCUCUUCGCCAACAACAUCAACUCAUUGAAAGGAUGGCAGUUGCCUCUGCAAUACCAGGAGAACCCCCUUCAGAGAGAUUACUAAAGACCGAAGGAAAAUAUGGAGACCAUGAAAUCAGAUGUGUGAAAAGGAAGUUACUGAUGGAAGCACUUGAAAGGGAACUACCAAGUGGCACUAUUAGGUACUCCUCGAAGGUGGUUUCUAUUGAGGAAUCUGGGUACUUUAAGCUUGUGCAUCUAGCUGAUGGAACUAUCAUAAAGACUAAGGUGUUAAUUGGGUGUGAUGGAGUAAACUCAGUGGUGGCAAAAUGGCUUGGUUUCAAGAAGCCAGCGUUUGCAGGCAGAUCUGCCAUGAGAGGCUAUGCUGAUUACAAGGGUGGUCAUGGCUUGGAACCCAGGUACCUGGCGUUUUUUGGGAAAGGCAUUCGAUGCGGUAUCCUCCCUUGUGAUGAUCAGACUGUUUAUUGGUUUCUCACUUGGACUCCCUCCAGCCAAGAUGGGGAGCUAGAGGGCAACCCAGAGAAGAUGAAGCAAUUUGUGUUGAGCAAUGUUCAUAUACCUGAUCAAAUAAAGGCUGUUGUACGAGAUACUCCAAUAAACAGUAUCGUAGCAUCACCGCUAAGAUAUAGACAGCCAUGGGAAUUGCUCUGGGGAAAUAUCAGCAAAGGUGGUGUUUGUGUAACUGGAGAUGCCCUCCAUCCUAUGACACCAGAUAUAGCCCAGGGUGGGUGUUCAGCUUUGGAAGAUGGAGUUGUUUUAGCCAGGUGUAUUGCUGAAGCCUUAACUGAAAAGCUAAGCGGACAGAUUGAAGAGAGAAUCAGUGAAGAUGAGAAAUUUAAGAAGAUUGAAAUGGGAUUGAAAAGAUAUGCGAAGGAGAGGAGAUGGAGAAGCUUUGAGCUGGUCAGCACGGCUUAUGUGGUUGGUUUGAUACAACAAAGUGACGGGAUGAUUGUCAACUUCAUCAGAGAAAAAAUUCUUUCAGGCUUUCUAGCCGGUUUAUUGAAGAAGAGGGCUGAAUUCAGUUGUGGAAAGCUCAGGAUUUCUUAAAUGCUAAGGCUUCCAAUCAUGGAGGAAUAUAAAGCUUAUCCUAAUAAAAUGAUCAUGUGAAUCAGUGUCUAUGAUAUGUACAAUAGAAAUAAUUUGUUUGAAGUUAUAAAAAAUGUAAUGCAUUUUCUUUCAAAAACCAAUAAAUAUUCAUAUAUCAUGUGUAAAA